AUGGUUGAACUUCGCAAGCGCAAAGCCCCUGCACCCCCUCCGGUCGUUCAAAAGAAAUCUAAAUCGACCCCGAAAGCUAAAGAGAGUGAGACCAUCACUCCCAGCCAAUCCUCAACGCAAAAGGUGCCUCAGGUCGACGACAUCAUCGAUCUAGAGGGCUUUGGCGGGGAGAUUGAAACAAACGAUGGGACGAAGACCAGCUUGAAGAAGCUUGUGGAAGAAAGCUCGGCAGGUGUCGUGUUGUUCACCUACCCCAAAGCCUCAACCCCUGGAUGUACAAAGCAAGCGUGUUUGUUUCGUGACAACUACAAGCACCUUACAUCUACUGGUCUAUCUAUUUACGGUCUCUCGGCUGAUUCACCCAAAGCCAAUACCACUUUCCAGACGAGACAAAAUCUACCCUAUCCGCUUCUCUGUGAUCCCAGUGCAACAUUGAUCAGCGCAGUUGGACUCAAGAAGAGCCCCAAGGGCAUCACUCGAGGUGUAUUCGCCGUGGAUAAGAAAGGCCAGGUCUUGCUUCGAGAGUCCGGUGGCCCAGAUGCAACUGUGGAUUUUGUACAGGCCCUGGUGGCACUCAAAUCCAGCAAGGAGAGUGUGCAAGAUCAGGAGAGCAGUGAGGGGAAAUAG